AUGGAAGGUUUGAAAAAAAAGAUUUUUGGCGUUUGCCUGAAAAAUGACUUAGCGCAGCCCAGGAAUGAGACGAAAGGAAUUAACUAUGAGUCAGUGACCCUGGAAACUUCUAAACAGCUGGAAGAAUUUCUCCAUCUGCUACUAAUAAAGAGAGAAGUAAUACAGAAUUUUGAGCUGUUAUUUCACAUCGUAAACGUUGCCGUUAAAAUCACGGAUGCGAAUCUUUCAAGUGAUGAUAUUUGGCAUUCAAUUUUGAAAUUGAGAUUUUCUUCUGAAAUUAAGAUAGAUGAAGACUGUAAAGUUUUGAAUUAUUUAAUUGAGAUUGGAAUCGCAACGGAAAAUCCGAUCAGUUGGAAAUGCUUGGCUGUUGUUAGUACCAUCCUUAGCAGUGUUCCUCGAUCCAAAACGAUUAUAGUCAAACUGAUUGAAACUGAAUAUGCUAAAAAAAUUGGCCAGUUGUUUGAUAAUAUACAGGAUUUGCAGCAAGGAAAUUUUCUGGUGAGAAUUCUCUCUAACUGUUUUGUGAAAAGUGAUUCAAGUUCCAAGAAAGUAGAAAGGAUACCUCAGUUAUGGCAAAGCAGGUCUAAGAACAAAUUUUUCUUUGAAAAUAAAUUUUACCCUCUUAGCGGCAAACAUGGGAGCUCACAAACUUGCCGAUUUCUUUGCAAUAAUUUCAUAUCAACCUUAUUAUUUACGGGAAUUCUAAGGCAGGUUUCUUAUAGCGGAUCUGAAGCAUUAAAAAACCUCCGCAUAUUGAAGAAAAAAGAAGAUGGCAAUGAAAGUUCUUAUUUCAUUCAAUGCAUAUACAACAAAAUCUACCUUUGGUUGGACGAAGAAGCCCCAUUGGAAUUUGAGAGGAAAAAAAUCAGGAUUAUUAAGAACUUGAAAAACAAAAUUCAGAUUAAAUUGAGACAUCCCUUUCAUGAAUGUGUGAGAACCACCGCUGAUAACAUAGAACUUUUAUUUAACAAAACAAGAGGAUUUCAACUGGAAUUUGAGGAUGAGAAAUUAGGUGAAGCCUUUUUCCACAAUGUUAACAAUAUACCUAAGAUAAGUGAAGUACAAACCUUUUUAGUGUUAGACUAUAUUGAGGAGGAACCCGAAGAUGAGGGUGAAGAAGAGGAGCAAAUUGGAAGGAUCGAUGAGCCGAAAGAAGACGAAGAGGGAGAAUCUCUCGAUGAAUUAUCCACUCCCAUGUCAUAUCCAAUAAAAUCAUCUAUUUCCCGUAACGAAAAGGUUCAGUUAGUCACUCCUGACCGUUCCGUUUCCAUAAGAUCUGAUGAAUGGGAUUUAAAGUCAAGUACGGAAGACGGAGAAGACAAUGUUACUCUCACAGAUCUAAAAAUAAACAGCACCAAGGAUACAAAAAGGCCAAGGAAUUACGUCCAUAUUGAUUCAGAAGACCAGUCACCUGUAGUAUCCGCUCAAAUGAGGAAAAUGAGAAGAGAGUCUACUAAGACACUAGAAAUUUUGAGGCAAGAAUUUAAGGAUAAGGAUGUACAAAACGAAGAACGCCCAUCUGAACAGAUACAAGAGGCGUUUUUAAAUACGUCCUCGUUAGUUGUAGGUAAAUCGCGUCUUGUUAAUCAUAAGGAAAAGCCUAAUAUUGAUCAAAAGGUCAUUGGAAUAACUGAAUUAAAGUCGAAUUCCUCUAUCAAGAAAAGAGAUAUUAACAUUCUUGACACCAUAUUUGGGCAACCUCCGUCUAAGAAGCAGAAGCAAUUCCACAAAAAGGAGAAGAAGCAGCAGAAAAAGCUAACAAAUUUUAAGCCCAUUAUCGAUGUCCCUUCCCAAGAUAAACGCAAUCUCAGAUCAAAUGCUCCGACAAAACCCAAAUCCAUAAAAGUAAAUAAGCUGCGUACCCAUAAAGAAGUUACAGGAGAAAAGUCAAUCACAGAAACAACAGCCGAGAAAGUUAAUGAUCAGGCUGUGCACACCAACAAUGAACGAAUGGCAAGCGACGCAAGUGAAAAAAAAGGUAGUUCUAUGAAUGAAGAGCAUGAUAAGCUUCAAGAAAACUGCUCUCCAGAUGUUAAUGAAAGCAAAGAAAUUACUAGAGAUGGCGCUAAAGUAUCUCUUCAGUCCGAAAAAAGAAAAGAAACCUUUACUAAUUCAAGCGUAGUAGAAAAUCAUAACCUGCCAGACAAAGACUGUAACAAUUGUAACAUUACAGAUAUUUUGGAAUCCACCACUGUUAUUGACUUAUAUUCACCUCAUGGAUCAUCUGUUCCUGGUCAGAAUUCGUUCACGAAUAAGCUGCAAGAACAAAUUUAUAGCUCAAUCAAUCAUUUUUCUAAUGAGUUGGUAAGAAAAAUUUCAAUAAUAAACCAAGAGUUAAAUACUAAAAUCUUGAAAGAGUUGUCCGAAAAAUACCAAAAGCUAUUUUCCGAAUUACAAGAUAAUUUCCAGAAUGAUACCAAUGAGAUGCUUAAAUUCAUGGGUGAGAUCAAAGACAUGAUCAAUCUCCCUGAAGAUCAGCUAGUUCAUGCUAUUAGGACAAGGAAAUUCAAUAAUAACGGGGGAUAA